AAUCGUGUUGUCACAUAAUUACGGUGCGUCUCCGAAGACGAACUAGCGCUCGUCGGAGUCGCCAUCUUGGCAACGUUUGUACAUACAUUACAUUGAGGGAGAAAAGUUUCGCCAUUCUCGAAUUACGCCACUAUACCAUACAACUCGUUAUGAUAAUUGACUCUCAUCACUCGUCACGAUUCAACGAACGGCGUACGUCGUCGAUGGUUUAGUGGUCGUAUCGUGAAUUGUAUUCCGUGAUACGUCAGUGAGCACGUGCUGCUUUACUGCCAGUCAAGUUGCAAUAGUUUCGGAACAGUGCAAACACGCUGAAUUACUUUCACUGCAGUCUCGUUAUCUUCGUGUCAUUAGACAACCGGAUCCUAGAAUUUUAAUCCGCGAAGACGCACACCCAUUAUCAUGGAGACGAGAGAGGUCAUGUUGCCAAAGUUACGUACGGACGGGAGCCCGGAACCCCCGAACAGUCGACCCGCCAAGAGCUCAGCGACUAAAUAUCUUCUGCGACAAACCAUGACAGCCUUAGGCCCGAUAAUCAGCACAAUUUCAGCCGGCAUGACUUCCGGUUUCAGUGCAACUCUUCUGCCGCAACUUCAGCUGGCAAACUCGACCGAUGCAAACGCAACUACGUCCACCCACCUGAUAGACCACUUCAACAUGGAAGAACUCCACAUCAGCAGCACCAGCGAAGAGUCUUGGAUCGGAGCGUCGGGAGCUCUCCUGAUGGCGCCGGGAUGUUGGCUCGCGGGCGCUAUGAUGGACAGAUUCGGGCGUAAAACUACCUUCCUCGCGAUGAGCCCGGUGUACUUCGCCGCUUGGCUGAUAGUCGCCUUCGCACCGAGCGUGGUGUGGCUGAUAAUCGGCAGACUCAUCAACGGAUUGUGCAGCGGGAUCAACGGGCCGUUGGGACCGGUCUUAAUAGCCGAAACGAGCGAGCCACGUCUUCGAGGUAUUUUACUGGCGGGUAUAAGCCUCGCUAUCGCAAUUGGAAUUUUGUUGUCGCAUUUAUGUAGCACCUGGGUACACUGGCGUCUGUCCGCCGUGCUCUGCGGACUAUCUCCGGCUAUUUGUUUCAUUUUGUGCGCCAUUGCCCCCGAGACCCCUACGUGGUUGAUAAAGAGAAACAGGUCCUUUGAGGCGCGUAAGGUCUGGCUUUACCUCAGGGGAGAGUAUUGCGAGGAGGAAUUCGAAGCUCUCAAGACCGGCGGUGGUAACAACGCUGCCUCGGACGCCGGUAGGGGAGUCGAAAAAUCACCCGACGCGAACCCGGCCGAGACCGAUGCCAAAAAUCAUUCGGCGGACCAGCCCGGCUGGAGAGCCACCUUGACGUCCCGAGGCUUUUUGAAACCCCUUUUGAUACUGAACAUUUAUUUUCUAACCACCCAAUUCUCCGGCGUGAACGCGGUCGCUUUUUACAGCGUCAACAUGCUCGACGAGGUCGCCGGUCCGGCGAACGCCUACACGGCGACUCUGGUGCUCGACGUGAUAAGAGUGAUAUUCAGCGUGAUAGCCUGCUGGAUGACCAGAAAUUACACGCGCAGAUUACUCACCGUUGUCUCGGGGAUCGGGACCGCGCUCAGUUUGAUUUUGCUGAGCAUUUUCUUGGUCGUCGACUUCGGCAAGCCUUGGCUAUCCGUCUCUUUCAUAUAUAUUUAUACCUGCAUCGUUUCCAUCGGACUCGUACCUCUGCCCUGGCUGCUGUGCGGCGAACUUUUUCCCUCUCGUUCGCGCGGCAUCGGUUCCGGACUUACGUCGGGUUUCUGUUUCAUCUGCUUCUUCGUCGUCGUGAAGACCGCUCCGGGGAUGCUCGAGGAUCUCGGACCCUCGUGGACGUUCAGUUUCUACGGAAUAGUAUCGCUGGUCGGUACGAUAAUCCUGUUUGUUUAUCUGCCGGAAACGAAGGACAAAACUUUGCAAGAAAUCGAAGGGCUGUUCAACGCGGAAAAAUCGAAGAAAGUGCAAAAAUCGAUCGCGGUUGAAAAUGCGGAAAAACGUUCCGCCGUUAUCUAAUUUAAUCACCGAAUGCAAACGAUUGUCGCGAUCGGCUUUCGAUUCGUGUUGAACUAGAAACAAGAUCAACACCGGGUUUUUAUUGUUACUUCCGAGCGGGAGUGAAUCGGAUCGGCUUUAAAAUUAGACCAGACCCGUAAUCGGUCUUCCACUUUUUUCCCAUCCAUUCUACUCCAACGCCCGACCGUAUAUUCCGCUGAAAUCGUAGUCCAUAAAACUCCUUAGCUAAAGAAUUUAUCGGGGGAUUAAUUAUUCACACGAGUAAACCCGUCGGUCGUUUAUAAACGUGCGAAUUACUCUCGUCGAACAAAGUGUUUGUCACGUGCCACGUACGUAAUAUAACCGAGUGUGUGUGUGUGUGUGUGUGUGUGUGUCUGGUAUCUGUAAGUCAAUAAAUUUAUAUAUAUAUAAAAACAACAAGUAUGUCGCUAAAAAUAAACCACCAAUUUUUUUUAUCAA